AACGCCGAUGGACAGCGCCUGUCCUGCCGAUACUGGGAGCCGGAGGGGCCCCCGAGUGCGUGUGCUUUGCCCGUGAGCAGCAGCCCAUUCCCACGGUGACUCAUUAACCCCGACGUGACCGCAGGGGUUAAAAAAGGAGGAGAGCGUGAUACACGGCAACGCGGCGCUUGGGUGAUGUGAUCCAUAGUCAUCACGCACUCACUCACGCACGCACUGUUCACACAAAGGCACACUCCCACGUCCUCCUUAUUUAUGUGUGAAAUGUGUGAGAACAAGUGUGGUUUCUAUUUGUGUCUAUUUAUAUAUGUAUGUAAGUGGGAGAGUGUGUGUGUGUGUAUAUUUACACUUGCGUCUGGGCAGUGUGUGUAAUUCUGUGAGUCCCUCCGAGGCGACAAAGUACAGUAAUAAUUUUACUGUGGUACAAAAUGUAAAGAGGGGAACACAGUGUGACUGAACUCUGCUUUGACCCCUUUUUGCGCCACACUGCCCUACGUAGAUGGUCCUGCGCAGAAGCGGCGCCUCGGCAGCGUCGACAGGAGCGUGUCCUGCAGCCUCCGGUGUGUCGCUCAAUAUUGCACUGGAGCCUUUUUACCGUGUUUCACCUUGUUGAUGUUCUCAGCAUGGUGCUGUAGCUCCUCGCUGUCCUGCUAGUAAAGGAGAGGAAGGGCAGGAAAGAGCUUUCAGUGCGACUCUCACCCACAGGGUCAAUAUGGGGUCAGUGUGGGGUUAAUAUGAGGUCAGUACUGUGUUUGCUCCUGUGUGUGUCUUUGUGUCUGUGUGUGUUACAGGGCGCUGCUCUUCGUGGCCCACGGUAUGGGUGAGCACUGCGGGAGGUAUGGCGCUCUGGCCCACAGUCUCACCCAACAUGGCAUCAUGGUGUUUGCACACGACCACGUGGGUCACGGGCGCAGCGAGGGCGAGCGCAUGGCGGUGCGCGACUUCCAGGUGUUCGUCAGGGAUUCCCUGCAGCACGUGGACCUGGCGAAGGGGCGUUCCCCCCACUUGCCCCUCUUCCUGCUGGGACACUCUAUGGGCGGGGCCAUCUGCAUCCUGUGCGCGUGCGAGAGGCCCGGCGCGUUUGCCGGAGUGGUCCUGAUCUCACCCAUGGUCCGCAUGAACCCCGAGUCGGCCACGCCCUUCAAGGUGUUCGUCGCGAGGCUCCUGAACCACGUGCUGCCGAGCCUGACGCUGGGUUCCGUGGAGUCCAGGUGGAUCUCCCGGGACAAGAAGGAGGUGGAGCUAUACGACACCGAUGAGCUGAACCACCACGGGGGCUUGAGCGUGGCGUUGGGCAUGCAGCUCAUGGGGGCGGUCCAGCGCAUCGCGAGGGAGAUUCCCACGGUCUCCUGGCCCUUCCUGCUUCUCCAUGGUGACGCCGACAAGCUGUGUGACAUCAGGGGUUCCCAGAUGAUGCUGGAAAGGGCCCCGAGCGCCGACAAACACAUGAAGGUGUAUGGUGGUGCAUACCACGCCCUUCACCGUGACCUCCCGGAGACGGUGGACUCUGUGCAGAGAGACAUCAGCGAGUGGAUUGUCCAGCGGAUCCCGAAACAGCCGUCCGGCUCCUAGACCCCCUCCCUCCUGCCCCCAGCGACUCCCAGUGGCCCCCGUCCCUCAAGCUCAUCCUUAGCGCUUGUGGUUCCGCCCUGAGAGAGACCGUCCACCUCCAGACCACGUGGUCCCGCUGGUCCUGGUCAUCCCUGUUUCCAGCUCCACUUCCCUCUGACUAUUCCCCUCGCUCUUCCACCUGGUGACCUGUGGUUCGAACCACUGUGGACCCUGUUAACAGUCCUCCCUUUCAUCAAAGGUCACAGGCUAAGUGUCAGCGCUACUUUUUCUACGCACUGACUGCGUUAAGAGGACUGGGUGUAAUUUAGCCCCAUUAAUUCUUCAGUAAUAAUAAUACUAAUGAACAAAGGGCUUUCGGUGACAUCCAACUUUCAGAGCCACUCGACCACGUGUCACGUCAUGUGCGCCGUCUCUCUCUAGGGCAGUACUGCUCACCAGUACCGUUGUCAAUUACCAUGACAACGCCGUGUGGCAGGACACCGUGAGAGUGUCCUCCUCCCAUUCUGGAAACGCCACGGAAAAAGAAUCGUUUGGUAAUUUUAAGGUUUUACUCACCUGAAGCCGCGUGGAAACCGGAGCCGUCCGCACCGACCGGCAAACAUUAGCGCGUUUAUGUUUUCAGGACCUUUAAACACCUGUUUGUGUUCAGUUGUCCCUGUUAACAACAUUCACAUGUUCACAUGUAGCACUGAUACUGAUGAUUUUAGAAU